AUGGAAGAAUCGCAACUUGGAGAUGUUCCAACCACCUUCUUCACCACCGAUGAGCAAGCCGAUCCAUUCUUCAUUUACAUCGAUGGGCUGCGGAAGUCCCUCUCCGACUCGGCGGCGUGCCAUCUCGACGGCCCAUUCACCGAUAUGAACCAAAUCACUUGGGAGCAGUUGUAUGGCUUCGCCGCGCAGCUCGCCACUGUCCAUCCGGGCCCCUUCUGCAACCUUUGCGAGCGGUUCGCCGGCGAGGUGGAGAAGCGCAUCAAGCCGAACUGGGUCAAGCACUCGAGAGAAGAGCGAUUCCUGAUCGAGACGAUCCUCACCUAUCUGCCCUCACCGCGUCACCUCUGCGCCACCAUCGCCCCCGGAUGCACUGAUGCGUUGGUGCUCGCGAAAAAUGCCACCGACAUCGGGCCGGCCGUUCGCUGUAUGGAAUGUACGCUGUGCCAAUCGGGGCUCAAUUGGCUAUUCCACCAAGUGCUGCUCGACAAGCAAGCCAUUGAGCAGUCGGUUGUGUGGUUCAGAAACUCGUUCGCCUAUUCCGCAUGUGCUGAUUUUUGCCCGCUUGCCAACGAGAUCCAGCUGGGCAGCCAAUGCUUCACGAUGGAUCGAUGCCAAGACUACCUCGUGCGGAUGUACCGAGAUAUCGUAGAUGCUCUCGUCGUUCUGUUGAGACCCGAGCGAUUUUGUGUUUUGACGCUGAAAUGGUGCGACCUCGGCGAGCAGCCGAAUAUUAUGCAUUGUUUGCGGGAAUUGUGUGAAGAGGAGCUGGGUAAUACAGCGCAUCUCGGCUGGAUUUGCGCGCUAAUCCCGGAUCGACCAAAGGAGGCCGAUAAAUUCUUGAAUAUUCAAGAAACAAAGAUGGAGAAAGGAAUGAAAGACUACCACUACGCGUACUAUGAAAAUUUUGGAAAAGAUGAAUUG